UAUGGUGGAAGUGAAUUCGUCAGGAGUAUUUUGCGAAUCAAAUCAACAUGGUUUUAGCAUGAAAAAUUGAGGCCAUCGUUGCCAGUAAAAGAAAUUGCAUGUAUAUAGUUAUGUAGAUAAACAUUGCAUCAUCAGAUGAGGGAUGUCGUUCUUCAGCAGAAGAAAGGAUAAGAAAAGUGAUCAACAGAAGACUGCAGAAACAUCUUUGAAAAGAAAUAAUUCUCAAAGAAGUACUCAGAGCCUUAGAAAAGUAGAACUAGUAAAUGGAGAAAUAAGUGAUGAACAAGGAGGGUCAUUUGAAGGGAGAAGUCACACAGGGCCAAUACAGCUUUGUGUUGAUGAAGAUUAUGAUCCAGGAGAUUUGGGUGCAGUGAUCAAGGCACCAACAUCCCUUGUGAGACACUCCAAGCUUUCUAAAACCUUGGAGGAAAUUCUCAAAGACAAGGAUGCCUUGUCCUGUUUUAUUGAAUUCAUGGAAUCAAGGAAGGCUGGUCAGUACAUCAAAUUCUGGCUGGAUGCCGAGAGCUUCCAGGCCUCCACUUGGAGUAGACUGAGGAGCCAUUCCUUAAACUCCGCCAAGAGGUUAACAUUAUCUGGCAAACAUUACCGAUCACCCUCUGACACAUCAGUCAGUGUUAAACAGGUGACAGAGGACAAACUGGACACUGAAAGUAUUGGUUCUAACCAAACACUGACGGAGGAGACUUCAUCUGGGAUGGUGGAAAGUGAAAAUCAAACCAAUGGUGUGCCAACUAGGAUCUCAUCUGACACAGGCCAGUCAAGGUCCAAACUUGAUUUACCAGGGUCAGAGUUAGAAACUGUGAUAAAAGCCAAGCCAUCAAGUCUCCCAGUAACACCUAUAGAUCCCGGGGCCAAGCACCUACCAGGAUCCUCAGGCCCUGACUGUGAUAUCAGAGACAGUAUGGAGUGUAGACUUAGUGAUGCUGUAUCAACUAGUGCAAUCAAGAGAACUGAAAGUCUCAAAAAGACUAAUUAUCCUCUGGAGGAACUUGCCGAUAAACUCAAGAAAAGCAUUGCCAGGGAUGCAGUGAGCAUCUUCCAGAAAUAUCUAUCUCAUGAUGCCUCUAGUCCUGUAGAGAUCACAGAUGAACUCAGGAACCGAUGCAUGGCCAAAAUUUGCCGAGAGGAUGGAGAAGUAGAUCCAGGGUGUUUUGCAGACUGCCAGGAAUUUGUACUGAAUGUCAUUAGAAUAGAUCACUUUCCUGAUUUCUCCACAAGCGAAUUUCUCUGUAAACACCAGGUUCAUCUUCUCACCAAAGGGCAGAUCACUCUAUCUGACAUCCUGUACAAUGAUGGUGCAAUGUUUUACUUUAUGGAAUACAUGGAACAGGAGGGGGGAUCUGAACUUCUCCAGUUCUGGUUGGCUGUGGACAAUUUCUGGCAGCACCUUAUGUCGUGUGAGGGCACCUACGAUGGCAUGCAGGCCCAGAGUGAUGCCAUGGUCCUGUAUGACAAAUAUUUUUCUCUACAAGCCUCCCACCCCUUGGGAUUCGAUGAUAAAACUCGAUUUGUAGUGGAGGGAAAUAUUUGUCGUGAAGAGGGCCCUCUCCCAGAUUGUUUUUCCAAAACCCAGCACAUCGUUUAUCGCACAAUGGAAAAGUCCUUUUUCCCAAGUUUUUUACAAAGUGAAAUAUACUACAAAUAUUUAUCAGAGCUAGUCAGCACAGUAACCAUAGCAACAGAUUUACCAAAACAAACCAGACACAAAAGACAGGACAGCGAUGCCACGUCUGUACACAGUGGCCAGAGCAUUGGGAGUGAGAGCAUCAAGAACACUCUGUUAGCCAUGGACACCAGUCACCUACGCAAGUCUGUCUCCCCCCUCCAGGAAAGUGACAUGAAUGUUGACCCUCGUCUCCUCAAUCCUGAACUUCUCUGGAAAAGACAAAGUCCAGGGAUGUCCAUGGGUAAAGUGGAUGAGCUUGGUAGAUUUAUGUCUGAAUUGGAUCCUCAGCCAGAAAUUGAUAAAGUCAAAGGCAACCAAGGAUUUUUCAAGAAAAGAAAAGGCAAGGACAAGGAACAAGAAGACAUGGCUCUACAGAUUGCCCAGAAGAUAAUCAGUGACGUCACCUCUGUAACUCAGGCUAUUGGUGCUAUGCAAACCUUUGAUCCACCACCAGAUUCCUAAUUCUCAUCAGUCACUAUUAAUCGUGCAAUACCUUGUUUUUUAUUGGUCAAUAUGUUAAGGUUUUAAUAUUUUUUUAUGUCCCUGCCAGGAAAUGGUCAGGGAAUAUAGUGCUACUCCUUUCUGUCUGUCAUUCCCUCAUUCAAUCAUAUCAGCAUAGUUUUCAGGACCUUUCUUUUGGCUGUGCUUGUAGAUAAUGAGCAGAUUUUUAGUCUCUCUUUGUUGAUGCCGUAGAGGUCAGAUCUGAGUUUUAUGUCAAUUGACCCAUUUUCAAGAAAGUAAUUGCCCUCAGACUUUGAAAAAUUUGAUAUAAUUGUUUUUUUCCCUUGAUUUUCUAUUCUGUUGUUUGUUGGUAAUUAGCUGAUGUCUACUGUAUAUAAAUAUAUUGAUGAUGUGUACAUAUCAAGUUAAAGUAUCUCCUUAGAGGACCCAUUUGCAAAAUAGUGUUAGCCUUUAAAUUUGAAAAUUUCUAAAUUCACUGUUCUUAUUUUCACCAAAGUUAUCAUUCUUGACUUAUAAAUUGGCAGUGCUUUCUUUAUUUCACAGACAUUAAUGAAAGUACAAUAAUGAAAAAAAAAGAAAGAAAUGAAAUUGUUUUUAGCAAUCUGUAUGAAAUAAGUCAAAGAAGAUGGGCGAACAAGGGAGCGAAGUGCCUAUAGUGUGACAAACAUGAAGGUGAAAAAUUAUUUCUCAAUUAUAACAAAAUUUUCUUUGAUAUUUCAUCUAACAUUAAAGUAUACUUUACGUAAAAUCUCCACAAUUUGCAAAAAUCUCAAAAGAAUUGAAAUUAUUUGCCUUCUAAAUAGUAUACACACACUAAAGGGGGCAAAAAAGGAUCAUUUUUUCAUACUUUAACACAAUUUUUCAAUAUGAGU